UCCUGUGGGGGGAGGAGGAAGAAACCUAGGUCUUGCUCCCCCGAGGACUUCAGAGGCUAUUUUCUCUCUACUUGGGAGUCUCCGACUCAGCUACUACCUUUGACUCAUUUACUGACCUAAAUUAAGUCAUUAAUAGGCAUGUACCAUCUGCCGGACACAAUGCAGGGAAUUGCGGCGAACCUGACCGACCCGGCAGGCAUCUCCCACCUGGACCCUGACCACCUGGAGGGCUAAGAGUCUAUGUUUUGGAUAAUAGAUGAGAAUGUACGUGAAUGAAUGUCUAUUCAGAAAUGAACGCUGUAAAGGAAUGAACAGGGCAGAGGAGAAAAUGGGGGCUGGUGCCCUUGAAGAUGAAAGAAUGAAAAUCUUGGGAGUUGGGAACAGAUCUUGCCUUCUUGUCCUGGAACCAGUCUAUAAGGCACAGAGGCUAGGCCUACCCUUACAGGGCCAGAAAGGGGGUGGCCAGGAUAGUAGAAUCUCUGAAAGUUAUCAAACUGGGCCAUGUUGAAGGUUUUUGGGCUAUGUUGAAGGGUUUUGAAUUUUAUCCUACAGGUGAUUGGAAACUAUUGAAGGAUUUUAAGAGAAAACAUUUGCAUUAUAACAAGACAGCGCCUUCUCUGCCUCGCCAUCUUUGGUGGAAAAUGUUUUAAAGUACACAACAAGCCAGAUGAGAAAACCAAGAAGUGGACUAGGUGGAUACAUUUGCUCAGCCUAACGUUUGGUUAAGACUGCGUGGAGAGCCAGAUUUUGCAACCACAACCGCAAGCGCUUGUAUGGCGCAGGGUGGCUGAGAAGAUGGCGAACAUUUACAGCUCGGACUGCGAGUCCACAACGCGUACGCUCUUGCGGCAUGUGCUAGACACAGCCGACUCUUGCACCCCGCGGCGACGCCGGAGUGCUCGGAUUAGUGCCCAGAGAGCCCUGCUUGAAACACCUUCCCCCAAGAGGUGGAGUAGCCAAACAAAGACAACUGCCAGGGAGCGUUCUCAUGGAGCCAGAUCUACUGGCAGAUUGGCUCGUGGUCAAGCUGGUGGGCACCUGGAGGAACAGACUCCCCGGACUCUGCUGAAGAACAUCCUACUAACUGCCCCAGAAUCUUCUAUUGUGAUGCCAGAGAGAGUGGUGAAGCCAGCACCAGCACCCCAAGUGGCCCAGCCCUCCAGACAGGAAAGCAGUAGGGGCAGCCUAGAACUUCAACUUCCUGAGCUUGAGCCUCCCCCAGCCCUGGCUCCAGUUCUGCUGGCCUCUGGCAGGAGGAAACAGAGGCUGAGGUUGUCAGUGUUUCAGCAGCAAGUGGACCGGGGACCCCAGAGACUGCCUCUCUCCCAAGAGCCUCCUGGGAAUCCUGAUGCCUCGUCCCUCACCAGCUCCCUCAGUCUGACCUUUGCUACACCUCUUCAGCCAGAGUCAGUGAGGAGACCUGGGUUGGCCCGAAGACCUCCCACCCGCCGCGCUGUAGAUAUGGGUGCCCUUUUGCAGGAUCUGCAAGAUAAUUCCCUGGCCUCAGUUCCUCUAGGUGACAGCCUCAGAACUCCUGUUGCUACUCAGCCAACAGACACUGUGUUAGAGGAUACCCAGCCUUUCUCACAGCCCUUGGUUGGCCACUCCCUCAAUGUGCAUCACUCCCUGCCAUGUCCUUACCCUGGGCCUGAAGGUACUGAGAAGGCUGUGCGUCACAGGACACAGAGCAGCAUGCCUGGGCUGCAGAACCACAUGAGUGAGGCUGGCUUUGCUACUCCAUCUUUACCCUUUUUGGAGCUACAGCCUGGGCCUCCUGCUCCUUCAGAGGUGACAAAAGCAAAGAGAUCCCAGAGGGCUCUGGAGCCUGAGGACCCAGAAGGAUCUUCAGGGGAUGAGGACAUCUCUGACAGGCCAGCAAGCCCAGAAUCGGUCUCCAACGUCCCUGAGUUUCUUCAGGCCAAACAACUGGAUCAGUUUCUUGAGCCAGCCCCAUCACCUGAUGUUGCAGUCUUGUCUUCAGAGCCUCCAGAGCCUGUGUUGGCCAGACUUCCCUCCAGGCCCCGAACUGGUGGUCCUAGACCCCGUCAAGAUCCCCAUAAGGCUGGACUGAGCUACUAUACAAAACUCUUCAGCUUCUAUGCUAAGAUGCCUAUGGAAAGGAAGGCUCUUGAGAUGGUGGAGAAGUGCCUGGAUAAGUACUUGGAGCACCUUUGCAAUGACCUGGAGGUAUUUGCUGCUCAUGCGGGCCGCAAGACUGUGAAGCCAGAGGACCUGGAGCUGUUGAUGCGACGGCAGGGCCUGAUCACUGACCAAGUGUCAUUGCACGUGCUUGUGGAGCGGCACCUGCCCCUGGAGUACCGGCAGCUGCUCAUCCCCUGUGCGUUCAGUGGCAAUUCUGUCUUCCCUGCCCAGUAGUGGCCAGGCCUCAAUGCUUUCCAUCUCCCCACCUGGGACCUCUUGGCCCUGCCUAAUCCUUCAAGUCUUGUCCUCAUUUCCUAUCAUCAAUAAAGUGUCACAUGACAAGAA